UUACGGAGGGAACCGAACGUGCGAUUCAUUUUACGCGAGUAUAGCAUGGAGUCCACGUUCUUAAAACCUAAAACCCCAUACUCACCGCUGACUACUACUCUGCUCUAAUUCCCUGUGAUCGGCUCACGCCUGCUGCAACAAACCAUGAAUUCCUGUGCUCCUUACUAUGUUUCCAUCAAAAUCCCUGAACUACACACCUCUAAGAUUUUGAGUUCCUUUAGUUUGAGUAAGAGGGAUUUUAAAGUAUUUGCGGUAGCAUCAGGUGUAAACGAGGGGUUCAAUUAUAUCCCAGCAGCUCCCAUUUUUAUCCCAGAAGGGCCAUGGAAGGAGAUUCCUGGGGGAGUAACUGCUGCAAAGGGAUUCAAAGCUGCAGGCAUGUAUGGUGGAUUGCGUGCGAAAGGAGAGAAACCCGAUCUUGCACUUGUCACUUGCGAUGUUGAUGCCACAGCUGCAGGGGUAUUCACUACAAACAUGGUUGCUGCUGCACCUGUCUUGUAUUGUAAAAAAGCAUUAGAUGAAUCCAAAAUGGCACGUGCAGUAUUAAUAAAUGCUGGUCAAGCAAAUGCAGCAACAGGUGAUGCAGGUUACCAGGAUGUGCUAGAAUGUGCUGACACCCUGGCUAUGAUUCUUAAAUUGAAGCGAGAGGAAGUGUUGAUUGAAUCAACAGGUGUAAUUGGUCAAAGAAUAAGAAAGCAAGCACUUCUAAAUGCACUUCCAAAAUUGGUUAGUUCUGCUACGCCAUCUACUGAAGGGGCUCUUUCUGCAGCAGUGGCAAUUACAACUACUGACCUUGUGAGCAAGAGUGUGGCAAUUGAGUCUCAAGUUGGAGGGACAAAUAUACAAGUUGGAGGAAUGGCCAAAGGUUCUGGGAUGAUCCACCCAAGUAUGGCCACCAUACUUGGUGUAAUUACCACUGAUGCACUUGUCAAAAGUGAUGUUUGGAGAAAGAUGGUACAAUUUGCUGUUAACCGGAGUUUCAACCAAAUAACGGUAGAUGGAGAUACUAGUACCAAUGACACAGUCAUUGCUUUGGCUAGUGGGCUAUCUGGUUCAACCUCAAUAUCAUCUAUCAACUGCGAUGAGGCAGUACUACUUCAAGCUUGCCUAGAUGCUGUAAUGCAAGGUCUUGCCAAAUCAAUAGCUUGGGAUGGAGAAGGGGCUACAUGCCUAAUUGAGGUCUCAGUCACAGGGGCAGAAAGUGAGAUGAAAGCAGUAAAGAUUGCACGUUCAGUGGCAUCUUCUUCACUUGUUAAGGCUGCUGUGUAUGGUAGAAAUCCAAAUUGGGGAGACAUUGCUGCUGCUGCUGGUUAUGCAGGGGUUCCUUUCCACCAGAACAACCUCCGCAUUAUGCUUGGAGAUAUUUUGCUGAUGCAUAAUGGGCAACCGCUUGCAUUUGAUAGGGCUGCAGCUAGUAACUAUCUUAGGAAGGCUGGUGAGACCCAUGGUACAGUUAGAAUUUACAUUUCUGUAGAUCGAUUUCCCGUUAAAAAAUUGGUCAAAGGUGAGAGGCAACUUCUAUAAUUCAAAAUUGCCCUUCUCAAUUCCUGAUCACGUGCCACACCAAAAGCCUAAUUUUCCACCCGUUCACCAAGUUCAUGCUUCUUCACAAACCCAUCUUCCACCCAUUCUCCACCUCCUUGCCCUCAUCCGCGCCUUUCACAAAUGGCAUAGGCGACACCACUAAUUAGAAAACAAAAGCAAGAAAUUAAUUUCCAACUCCAAACUGCAACAAAAGAAUUCGUUCUUCAGCGAACGGAUUGCCGAAUCAAAGAGAGGAUUGUGUGCGGGUAUGAAGAAUAGGCGAAAUGGGUUAGUCAACUGAUUGGAGAUGGCUGGAGAUGGCUGGAGAUGGCUAUAGGUGAUUAGUGAAGUUUUCAGGUGGAUAAGCCGCGAGGAAAGGAAGCCGGCAGUCUGGUGAAGAGGAGGUUAGCCUUGUGGGGUGAACUAGGAUGUUAGAGCUGGGUUUGUAAGAGGGAUUAAAUAAAAGAUCGAGGCGAAUGGGCCUGUUGGUUUCGGUGAGGAAAGGGGAAAAUGGCGUGGGUUCAAUCUGGUGAGGAGCUGUCGGUGAGAAGGGCUAUGCGAGUUGGUGUGCGACCCAUGGUGACGGUGAUGAAGGUUAAGUAGUUCUUAGCCUUCUUUACAACGACCGCAAUCCUUCCAAUACCCACCAUUACCCAGAAAAGCAUCAAUCACAACAUGAAGGAGAGGGUAGGGUCAGACAUGAUUACUAUCUACCGAUCUAUAAUCCUUUACAAAAUGUGUCUAUGGACUUAAAGAGAUUUUGUUAGUUGAUUGAAAAAACUUGUUAAUUUGGAUUUGAUUACAGGAAAUUGUGAUGGAGCUAAUUAAUUGGUGAUUUUGAAA